AUGAUACACAAGAGUCCCACGAGAAGACACACCACGAGAGCCACCAACGGGUCGAUUCCCCAGACGCCGCGGAUCCGCCAUGCGGGCUCUUUUUCGAGCCUGCGACGCAAAAGCUCCGUCACCCCGCUCGCGACGCCGCUCACCACGCCGCUUGCGACCCCGCGCUCCGUCUCGUCGGGCAGCCGACACAGCAGCCAGGGCGAUAGCCGCGGAAGCCGCCACAGCUCCCCAACGCGCUCGUCACGCAGCUCGUCUCCAACACGCACAACCGGGGGCACGCAUACCGAGGGCGCGCGCGUGCGCGCGCCCGCCGCGUCGUACCGCGGCACAAUCUCGGUGUCGGUGCGGAUCAAGCCGUCGGACGCGCACUCGCGCGACGCCUGGACGGUGGGCGACGAGCCCACCGUGGGGCACCCGGAGCUGGGCGAGUUCCGCUUCGAUCACGUGUUCCGCCCGGCCGCCGACAACCGGCACGUGCACGACCGCAUCGGGCGGCCCCUGAUCGACAAACUGUUUGAGGGCUACAACGCCACGGUGUUUGCGUACGGGAUGACGGGGUCGGGGAAAACGUUUACGAUGAGCGGGGACGGGCGCGAGCCCGGGCUCAUCCUGCUGUCCGUGGAGCAGAUCUUUGCGCGGAUCGCGGGCGAGCGCGCCCGGGACCCAGCCGCGGCGCCCGCAGCCGCCGAGCCCGCAGCCGCCGAGCUCGCCGCCGCGCUGCGUCGCGCCCGCGACUACUCCGUCUCCGUCUCGUACCUGGAGAUCUACAACGAAAAGAUAUACGACCUGCUGAACUGCGGGGCCGCGCCGCGCGAAUGGAACGCGGGCGGCGCGGCCAGCGCGCCCGCCGAGCUCAAGGUGCGCGACGACGCGCGCCGCGGCGUCACGGUGGUCGGGCUAACGGAGCAGCCCGCCGCGUCCAGCGCCGACGUGCUGAAGUGGGUCGCGCUGGGCAACUCGAACCGCCGCACGGGCGAGACCGACUACAACACGCGCAGCUCGCGCUCGCACGCCGUGGUCCAGGUGCGUGUGGUGGCCACCGACGCGGCCACGCGCACGCAAACCACCUCCACGCUGUCGCUGUGCGACCUGGCGGGCUCCGAGCGCGCGGCCGGCCAACACGAGCGCCGCAAAGAGGGCGCGUUCAUCAACCGCUCGCUGCUGGCGCUGGGCACCGUGAUCUCGAAGCUCAGCGCCAUAGCCGCCCAGCCGGCGCCGGCGCCGGCCGCGGCCCACAUCCCGUACCGGGACUCCAAGCUGACGCGUAUCCUGCAGCCGGCUCUGAGCGGCGACAGCAUUGUCACCACCAUCUGCACCAUCGACACCCGCACCGAGUCGGUCGCGGAGACCGUCAACACGCUGCGGUUUGCGUCGCGCGCCAAGAACGUGGCGCUUGCGGUGCGUCGCAACGACGCGGCGCCUGCAGCCGCAGGCGCCGCGUCGGCCACGGACCCGUCUGCGCAGCGCCAUGCGCACGUCGUGGAGGCGCUGCGCCGCCAGCUGGACGAGCAGCAGGAAGUGCUGGAGGAGCAGCAGCGGCAGUUGGAGGCGUUUCGGCGCGGCGCCACAGACCCCGCCGCAGGGCCCACCGCGUUACCCGGCGCGGCGCCCGCCCCAGACAGCCCCGCAGACGACGCGCUCCUGCAGCUGCGUCUGCAGCACUGCGAGAAACUGCUCGAGCUCGAUCACGCUCCCCUGCACGACCCGGAGCUCUUGGAGAUCGUCGAGAUGCUCCCCGCGGCCGUUGGCGCCGUUCUCGAGGCAAAACUGCAGCGCUACGAGUCGCAGUUGCGCGAGCACCGCGCUUAUACGCAGCAACUCGAACACCGCGUGGCCGUGCUCGAGGCCUCAGCCGCCCACGACAGCAUAGUCGCGCGGCUGGACGCGGGCGCCACCGCAGACACGCUGGUACGCGACCAGGAGGCCGAGCUGCUGGAGCUGCGUCGCGCGCUCGCCCGCAAGGACAAGAUGCUGGAAGCGCUCCAGAGCGCCAAGCGGCUGCGCGAGCACGCGCUGCGGCCCGUGCCCGGCGGGCAGCUCAACGCGGGCCGCGGGCGCGCGCGCGGAGAAAAGCCGGGGAUACGCGCCGGCGCCGGCGCCGGCGCGGACAACGCGGAGCCGCGCCGUGCGGGGUGA